UUCGUGAAGCGCGUGGAAGAGAGACCUUAUAAGAGCCCAGCUGAGCGAGCUUCCUCUUAAAUCGGAAUUUUUUUUAAGACUUAUUUCAGCAGUUUGAAAGUAAUCGAGCGACGCAGCGUGUAGUUUUGUAUUUAUUUCUUGCUUCUGUUUAUACAACCGAAGCCGAAUUUAUUCCGUGUAAUUUUGAUAUUUGGCUAGUUUAAUUUUGAAAUCUUCAGCGCGCGCACCUAAAACGUUAGGCGGGCGCGCGCUAUCUGUGAAGGGGGAAAAAAAAAAAAAAAAGAAGAGACGAGAAGCUCGCCUUAAUCAGUCUUUUAACGUGGAAUGAGCUUCCAUUCAUCCACCCUGUCUGUUGCACAAUGGAUGUCCGUUCCGUCUGCCUAAUCGGCCAAACUAAAACGCAUUGUAGCAGCGCUAGUAUAUUCAGAGGAUAGCAAUAGCCCCCUCACUCCACCCUCUCCCUCGGCAUUACACACCAGUUUACAACUUACAGCAGUGCAGAUUCUCUCACUAGUGUCUGGAUUUGCUCUAAAUUGCUGUUUUAGCAGAGGGCGAAGGUAGGUAGGUUUGGGGAAUUUCGGAAAAAAUCUUUAGAAACACUAGUACCUCAGUUAUUUAAAUAAUUCUAGUGUGCUGCUUGAAUUAAGGGCUUAUUUUAUUUGAAGUAAAACCCUAUAAGAUUGUGACGCUAUUUAAAACUUGAAAGAGAAGUAUAAAAAAAAAAAAAAAAGCUAUUGCACAAAAUGGUGUCAACAACGUUAGCUACAGUAACCCUGAUGAGCACUGUGGCGCUAGUCGCCCAGGGCCCAUUGACCGACUACUUGUGGCUCCUGAUUGUCGGCUUCAUCAUAGCCUUCAUUCUGGCCUUUUCUGUGGGUGCUAACGACGUUGCCAAUUCGUUUGGCACUGCCGUGGGCUCCGGCGUGGUCACCUUGAAAGUCGCCUGCAUCCUCGCUACCGUGUUCGAGACCCUGGGGUCAGUGCUUCUGGGAGCCAAAGUCAGCGAGACUAUACGCAAAGGGAUCAUUGACGUGAACAUGUACAACGGCACAGAGCACGUUCUCAUGGCUGGCUCGGUCAGCGCUAUGGUUGGCUCUGCUGUUUGGCAGUUGGUGGCUUCAUUUCUCAAAUUGCCCAUUUCUGGUACGCAUUGCAUUGUGGGAGCAACUAUCGGCUAUUCACUGGUGGCGAAAGGCCAGCAGGGUGUCCGAUGGUUUGAGCUUCUGCGAAUCGUUGCGUCUUGGUUCCUUUCCCCGCUCCUCUCUGGCUUUACAUCUGCCGUUCUCUUCUACUUUGUCCGCAUGUUUAUCUUGCAAAAGAAGGAUCCAAUUCCCAAUGGGCUCAGGGCAUUGCCUGUCUUCUAUGCUGUCACUAUGGGAAUCAACCUGUUCUCCAUCAUGUUUACAGGCGCACCGAUGCUGGGAUUUGAUAAACUGCCCUGGUGGGGAAUCCUUCUCAUCUCGAUCGGAUGUGCCAUCCUCACUGGAAUCAUUGUCUGGUUUGCUGUUUGCCCCUGCCUCAAGAGGAAGAUCGAACGUGAAAUCAAGUCUUCCAGCCCCUCAGAGAGCCCCCUAAUGGAGAAGAGGGAGAUGGUGGAGGCUCACUGUCCUAUCCUCAAAUCAGUUCCUGAGAACACAUCCACCCUUACCUCCAGCACUCCUCAAUCAGCAGCUCAUUGUGAAGAACGUAGAGUAACCUUCGACAUCGGAGACUCUGAUGACGCCGAACCAAAAGAGGGUGAAAUCGGCAACGGGAGCGCUUCCAAAUCAGUCCACGUUCAGUUCAACACCGGCCCCACCCACGUCCCCAGUAACGGCUACAGUCAGUACCACACUGUCCACAAAGACUCGGGUCUCUACAAGGACCUGCUACACAAACUGCACCUUGCCAAAGUGGGUGACUGCAUGGGUGAGGGUGGAGACCGGCCCAUCCGCCGCAACAACAGCUACACCUCCUACACCAUGGCAAUCAUCGGCCUCCACAGCGAGUUCAAGCCCCGGGAUUCGGAUUUCCGCGCCUGCGAGGAUGGAGACAAGGACAAGGUGCAAGAACGCAAGAGGAUCCGCAUGGACAGCUACACGAGCUACUGCAAUGCUGUGGCUGAGAACGGAGCCCCCGAAGAUGGCAUCGGAGACGGAGAAGUGACCCUCGAGUUGGCCGAGGAGGAUGGAGGAAACAACACCUCGCUGGAGGAGGACAGGGCCGAGGCAGAUAAACCCGAAGUUUCCAUACUGUUCCAGUUCCUGCAGAUUCUCACUGCCUGCUUUGGCUCCUUUGCCCACGGUGGAAAUGACGUCAGUAACGCUAUUGGUCCAUUGGUGGCGCUGUGGCUGGUUUAUCAAAGUGGUUCUGUGGAGUCCAACGCUCCGACCCCUCUCUGGCUGCUGCUGUAUGGAGGAGUGGGCAUCUGCAUUGGAUUGUGGGUUUGGGGCCGCAGAGUCAUCCAGACCAUGGGCCGAGAUCUCACUCCCAUCACUCCUUCCAGUGGGUUCAGCAUCGAGCUUGCUUCAGCCGUCACUGUGGUCAUCGCCUCAAACAUUGGUCUGCCUGUCUCCACUACCCACUGCAAGGUUGGUUCUGUGGUAGCCGUGGGUUGGCUGCGUUCCCGGAAAGCCGUGGAUUGGCGUCUGUUCCGCAACAUCUUCAUGGCCUGGUUUGUGACCGUGCCCAUCUCUGGUCUCAUCAGCGCCGCCAUCAUGGCUCUCUUCACCUACGUCAUUUUCUAAAGCCUCAGAGCCUGCUGUAAUGUAGCUUCCGCCGUUUGCAGCUAAGAACGCAAAAGAGAUGGCCAUUCUGCUGUCUCUCACUGCCUUGCUACCCUUAAAGCUCCACUGUCCAUCACUGGGGCUUUAAAGUUAUAGAUUUUUUUUUUUUAUUAUUUUUUUUUUUUUAAUCUAGGGCUUGUGUUUCUUAGCUUGCAUCACGCGUUGACAAUUCACCCGUAUGUUCUCUGAGUGUACCCCUGCACCAGGGUUCACAUGACAAGGGAGCAGGAAAAAAAAUCUAUAUAUAUUUUCACAUUUUUGUUUCCCUUUAUCAUUCUCUCAAUAGAUGCCAUGUAUACAUACUCACUUUUUUGUAAAUAAUUGAGCAAAAUAAUUUUUUAAUGUAAUUAUGUACAUAUAACUUUUUUUUUUCUUUUUUUUUUAGUUGACGGGGUGGGUGGGUGGGGGGAGAACAAUUACAGUGCAGUAUUAGCCGCCUUCUACUCUCGCAUCUCAAUUACACGCAAUUCACUGAGACAACACUCUGCCUUAGAGCAGUAUUUAGAUGUAAACAAGGUCACCAGUCUGUUUAGAUUAUUGUUUUCUCUUAUUUUCCAUUCCUUAUAAUGAUCUGAAGCACUCGUGCCAGUCUUGAUGCUUUCCCUUUGCUAAUAUUUAACAUGCCAUGAUUCCAUAUCUGGGAGCUUUGUGGAAAAAUUUCAGGUCAUCAGCUGGAUUUUUUUUUUUCCCCUCUCCCAGAUCAGCGUUCAGCUAAAAUACACAGACACAUAUAUAAUAUAUAAUUUUCUCUCCCUUCCCUGCGGGGAAGAUCGUUGCUGUUCCUCUGCUUUAUGAAUUGAUUCACUGAUCUUGGAUCUAGAAAUGCACUGAACCCUUUGUUUCCUUUUUGUUUGAAAUACAAUACAGUGCUGCAAAAAUAUAACCAUAUCUCUCUGACUUGCACUAAAUUCCGUCUUCUGUACUGUCAGGACGCAGGUCGGCUCCGUUGUUAGUUAUAAAGGCAAAGAUGAACUGAUUGGAUGUUCGAAUCGUUUCUUUUGUAAGUGUUAGAAUUUUUGAUCGAUGUUUAAAUGUGCCACUGCUGUUUUGCUGGAAUUUUUCACAAAAUCGAUACUUCACUAGGUAUCGUGAUGUGUUCGGUUUCGAUAUAUCGCCCCACCUUUCAAUAUAGUACUCAUUGUAUCGACUUAUUUUUUCAGUUCAUCAAUAAGAUGCUGGAUCAUUCCAAACUAUCUUGAAAUGGAAAUCUGAGCCAAGCUGAAAAAAAAAUUGCAUGAAAUCCUGAUUAAAUCCACCGAAUCCUGAUGUAAAUUAGACUGUUACGCCCAUGCUUACGCCCAUGCCAAGUUUAUGAACUCGGCGUCAGAAACAGAGCUGCGUCAUCGCGUAAGCCCUCUGCAUCUGGCGGCACUCCGAUCAAUUGGAACGUCCUCUAAACGUUUCCAGUCUCCAUAUGGUGGUUACGUGCUUUGUGUUGCGUUGCCAUGCAGCGCUCUUGUUGAAUGCUGAUGAUGUGUAUCCAGGCGACCAGAGGCCUCACACACACCACCAGCCUGAUACGAAGCAGCCGCUCUCAAUGACCCCGACAUGCAUAGGGAGACGUUCUUAACGACGCACACUUAAUAAUCUCCCUCAGCUAAAUCUCUACAGUUUUCCUAAAGGAAUCUCCAGAAACAAAGAAGCAGAUUUUAAAUACGGGACCACUAAAACCCCGACGCUAGCUUUCCAUCGUUUCACCGACCAAAGUGUUGCGUCGUAGUAGUAAGUAGAGCUGAGGGAUUUCAUCUUUAUACAAAAUUUACCCUGGUGGUAUUCAACUGAUGAGAUUAGCCCCGCAUUUUUCAUUUUCAUAGCUUGUUUUAUGUAACCAAUUCUGUUUAUUUCUACCCCCCGGCUUGCUCUGAUUGGCUGCUGAGAGCAAGGGGUGGGGUGGAUGGGGGGUUGUUUCGAGUUAUAUUCCAGUGAGAUAUUGUGGCUCAUGGUAGCUUCAGGACCAGUGUGUAAACACUCAAAUAGUACAACGUAAAAUUUUCUUCAUGCUGCAAAUGCAACCUUAACAUUCUCCUGUAAAACUUGAUCAAAGCAGGCAGUUCAGCGCUUAUUGUUAGCACCACAUGCUAAGCUUUAGCUUGCCUGUUAAACCUUUAGAAACCAGAUGAGCUUGAUUUGAGCUCGCACGUAAAGUAGUGUAGUUUAUACACGCGCGCGCACACAGGCCAGGGGUUUGAUACGAUGCGCUGCUUCUUAAAGUGGUAGUCACAUCACACCAUGAUUAGCAUAUUGUGUAUUACAUAAUGCUAAUCAGUUAGCUCUUUGACAUUUUCGGUGUGUCUUUCUUCUGAAGCAGGAGUGUGUAGAAAAUCUGCUGAAACAAGGAGCUCUGUCUGGGUUUAUUUUUAUUUUUUUAAUAAAUUUUAUUUAAUUUUUAAUUAUCGCCCCCUGUUGGACUGAUAGUGGCCGUGCAGUUACUGCUGUAAAACCCCGAGUUAGUGAAUGAGUGGCGAUUUCCGCUGCUGUGCAUUUUGACCUUUAGAUUUGCUGUAGUUGCCUUAAUAUUGUUCUGUAUUUUUUUUUUUUUUUUUUUUAGGUACCAAAGAAAAACCUGUUGGUGUGUAUAUUGUAAACAUAUAAUCUUUUGUCAUGGAGAAGAAAAAAAAAAAAGAUUUGUGGGUGGGGAAAAAAAUAAAUAAAGCUUUUUUUUGGGGG